AUGCGCGGCGUUUGGCGGCUAGUGAUCAGCGGCAGUGGCGGCGGCGGCGUCGCGUUCAAAACGGCCGAAAAAAAUAUGAGCACGUUCAAAGCAGGGCCCAAGGAAAAAAGAACGCUGCACAAAGCUGGAGCACUAUCUCAACAGGAAAACCUGCAAAACACCAGUGCUGCCACGAUGAAAGUGCAGACCGAUUCGUUUAGUUCUGAAAAGAAAGCUUCGAGCGCACAACAACAAAGACAGACAAUUACGUCUUCAGGAAUGUUUAACCAAGAAAAACAUAUUGCUCAGUCAUCACAAUCGAACUUUACGUUCACCAAAAAAGGCAUUUGCACGAGUUCAAAAGCCGUGUCAUCCGCCACUUCACAAUCGUCGCACAACGGGUCUUCGUCUGGCGGCAGUGGUUCGUCGCCCCCAUCGACACAUGUGAUCAGAAGUGUCGACGAUCUGUUAAACACGAAUUUCGAUGAUCUAGACCAGAUGCGAGAGAUCGCCAAUACUCAAGACGUGGAAAACGCCAUUAAAAAGUAUUCACUGUACCUGGAGAACGCUGUCAAGGGACUGACUACCGGAAAGUACGCCGACGCCAAAGGCCCGAUUAUGCUUAACAAAAUGUUCGAUAUGAUUUGCAAGGCGUGGGCCGUACCGACCUACGAGCUUGGUUAUGCAUUGUGUAACACAUUCCGGGACUGCGGUGGAAUGGAUUUGUUGAUCAACAACUGCGUGUCCAAAGACCAAAAACUUCAGUUCUCCAGUGCCAGGUUACUUGAACAAUGCCUAACCACAGAAAAUCGCGCCUACGUAGUGGAAAAUGGACUGGAAAAGGUCGUACACGUUGUGUGCGCGUACAAAAGUCAAGUGAGCUCGGCCGAUCAAUCUAAAGUCAGUACUGGAAUUCUCGAGCAUCUAUUUAAACACAGUGAAAUGACAUGUAGCGAUGUUAUCAAACUCGGUGGCUUGGACGUACUGCUGUACGAGUGCCGCAGACGAGACAUCGCAACCCUCAGACACUGUGCCGGUGCUCUUGCCAACCUGUCGCUGUACGGAGGUGCUGAGAACCAAGAGCUGAUGAUCAAGCGAAACGUACCCACGUGGUUGUUCACGUUGGCGUUCAACACGGACGACAACAUUAAGUAUUACGCGUUCUUGGCCAUAGCCGUUUUGGUGGCCAACAAAGAAAUCGAGGCGGCCGUGCUCAAGUCCGAAACCCUGGACCUGAUCGACCCGUUCGUCACUACCCACACGCCGUCAGAGUUCGCCAAGUCGAAUCUGGCUCACGCCCAUGGCCAGAGCCACCAUUGGCUGGAGAGGUUGGUCCCGGUGUUGAGCUCGAUCCGGGAGGAAGCGUGCAACUUGGCCGCCUUCCACUUCUGCAUGGAGGCUGGCAUCAAGAAGCAACAGGGCAAGACCGGUAUAUUCAGCGUGAUCAACGCCGUCGAACCACUGAAGAAGGUGGCCAGUUGCCCCAACGCAAUAGCGUCAAAGUUCGCCGCCCAAGCAUUGCGGCUGAUCGGCGAAGAGGUACCGCACAAGCUCAGCCAAAAAGUACCAUUGUGGUCACCCGAGGACGUCCGCGAAUGGGUCAGACAGAUCGGUUUCAGCGAGUGCUCCAAAAACUUCGUGGACAGCCGAGUGGAUGGUGACCUGCUGUUGCAGUUGACCGAACAAAAUCUUAGGGACGACAUCGGAAUACACAAUGGAAUCAUGCGAAGAAGGUUUAUGAGAGAAAUACACAAUUUGAAACGAUUGGCAGACUACAGUAGUAGAGACACGACAAAUCUGAACUCCUUCCUCCAGUCCAUAGGUCCGGAGUUUUCCGUGUACACUUAUUCCAUGUUGAAUGCUGGCGUUGAUAGAGAUUCCAUCAGAUUUUUAUCAGAAGAACAGCUUAUACAAGAGUGUGGAAUAUCAAACAGCAUUCACCGGUACAGAAUACUAGACUCGAUAAGAGACAUGGAGACACUAAUGGAAACGUCCUCUUACGAAGAAAACAUGAACAAACACUUGGAUGUGUUCAUCAGUUACCGACGAUCGACUGGAUCUCAACUGGCAAGUUUGCUCAAAGUACACUUACAACUUCGAGGAUACUCAGUGUUCAUCGACGUGGAACGUCUGGAAGCCGGAAAGUUCGACAACAACCUGUUGCAAAGCAUCAAGCAGGCGAAAAACUUCAUAUUAGUAUUGACGCCGAAGUCGUUGGACAGGUGUAUCGGCGAUAACGAAUGCAAAGACUGGGUGCACAAGGAAAUCGUGGCUGCUAUACAGGACCAAUGCAACAUCAUCCCGAUCAUGGACAACUUUGCUUGGCCCGAACCGGAAACCUUGCCGGAGGACAUGCAAAACGUGUGGAAGUUCAACGGCGUGAGGUGGAUACACGACUACCAGGAUGCGUGCGUUGAGAAGGUGGAGCGGUUCAUGCGGGGCGAGCUGAACGGGAUCCGGGACGGCGCCAGUUCGGGACUGUCGCUGAACAGGUCCGGCGGUGGUGGCAUCGGCCCGUCCACCAUCAAGAGCGACCCGUCGGCACCGAACACUCCCAUGACGGUGGGCAGGUCGCCGCCAACGUACCAGCGGACUCAGUCCAACGACAGCGAACGCGACCUCACGGGUAGCAAAGAUUGA